AUGAAGCCUCGCCGUUUGGUUGUCGCCACAGCGGUUGUCUUUAUUUUCCUCGUGGUUCGAUACAAGCUCCUUGAAGUCCGAACCGAUCAGCUUGCAAAGCAGGUGGAGGAGGAGGAGCCAAACGGAGCGAGCGCAGUUGCGGCCGAAGAGGAGCCAGUACCUCCUCCUCGGCCUUCGAAGGUGGUGGUGCUGUGGACAGGCUGGAGGAGCGGCUCGACCUUCAUCGGGCAGCUUCUCACGCGCGCCUCAAACAGCACGUUCUACAGCUACGAGCCCUUGCACAUGCACGGCGUUCAAGUCCUGGACGAGGACAGCGCCACGACGCGCUCGGCCCUGGCUUUCCUGAAGGAUCUGCUCCUGUGCCGCCUUCGCCACUGGCAGCGAAGGGUGGCCUACCUGGGCAACCUAGGUAAAUAUCGGAGUCAAAACACCUUCCUGCGGGAGAGGUGCGUGAGGCACCGUCAGCAGUGGGGCCUGUGUCGAAACGCGUCCUUCGUGAGUGAGGUCUGUCAGUCGGCGAACCUCCACGUUGCCAAGGUACUUCGUCUGAGCCUCCGCUGGGUGCGACCUCUGUUGGAUGACCGCGACAUUGACUUACGGGUUCUGUACAUGGUGCGUGACCCCCGCGCAGUUCUCAGUUCUCGGGCAGCCAAGUCCUGGUGCAAAUCUCCUUCGUGCCGAGAUCCGCAGACGGUGUGUCCUCUCCUGGCGGCGGAUCUUCGGGAGGCCGACGCCCUGGCAGCUGAAUAUCCUCAGAGGUUCAGAAUACUCCAUUACGACCAGAUAUGCCAGCAGAUGCCAACAGUCCUCGAAGACACCAUGGCCUUCUUGGGACUCCCGACGACGACGGAGCAGAAGAACCUCCUGAAAUACGAAAAGGCAUAUUUCAGCAAGUCCUUCAUUGAGAAAAAUAGCUCCUUACAAGCACAGCUGUGGCGGAGCACGGUCUCUUUCCCGGGUAUUGUGGUACCCACUCAGCAGCACUGCCGGACGUCGCUGGAGAAACUGGGGUUCAGGAUUUUCUCGAAGGAGGAGGACUUGCGGAACCUCAGCGUGUCGGCGAUGGUGCGAACGCCUCCUCGUCUUUGACCUUUGCAUUUUGGGAUUCUUCUUCUUAUUUAGAAUUACUUUUAAAAAUCUCGUCUGUAAGAACUUAAUUUCCCUUCACAAGUGGUGUUGAGAAGAAAUAUACAAGUGAACGUUUGCAACUGCUAAAGUUAACAAGAGCUGAAUUUUCCUUCACAAGUGGCGUAGAAAAAAAAUAUACGUGUACGUUUGCAAUUCUUGAAGUGAACCGAACAGGAAAGGAGGUGGAGUUUUUGGGUUCGAGGA